AAAAACGUCUUUGUGCUGCGGUGAGAGACCAUUCGAUUCGGUUUGCCAAACGGGAAUUUAUAGUUGUCGAAAGUAAUAAGAAGAUAUGGAGUGUCAAGUGCAAGCAUAGCACAACUGAAAGGCCUUGCAGAUGGUCGUUGCGGGGUAUUGAGAAAUCUGGCAAAGAUUUCUUUAUGAUUACGAGAUAUAGUGGACCCCACAAUUGCAUAAUGGAUGAAAUGUCGAACCAACACAGAAAUUUGGACAGGAAUUACAUUGCCACACUAAUGGUUCAAUCUGUUCGAGAUGAUCCAGCUUGUAAAAUAACCCAAGUACAGAAUACGGUUAGGUCUCAAUUGGGAUUUCAACUUUCAAGGAUGCAAGCUUGGUAUGGUUUGAAACGUUGCAGAGAGAACUUAUUCGGGACUUGGGAGUCCUCAAUGAACAAAUUGCCCAAGUUUAUGAAGGCACUCCAUAGAACGAACCCGGAUACGGCAAUCGAGUUUGUAUUGAAACCAACAGACAUUCCAACACGAAAGAUGAUCAGAUACUUCUUUUGGGCCUUCAAGCCAUGUUUGGAUGGAUUCAAAUUUUGUCGUAGAGUUAUUAGUGUGGAUGGAACUCAUCUCUACACUAAGUACAAACACAAGUUGCUAAUUGCGGUUUGCUUAGGGUACUGCGCCAGUUUGGGAGGAUACAGCAUAUUCCUCCACAUCCUACUGAUCACGAUAUUGAGAUAAAGUUGCAUUCUUAUGAUCGUCGAGGUGCUGUGGGGAGAGAUUGGACUAUUUUUCACAAUAUCUAUGUUGAUAGAUGGCAUGCUCGACUCGAUUCUUUCACUGACUAUCCAUUUAUUGAGAUUAGUGGACCUCAGACGGACCCAGGAUACUACGAUUGGUAUGACAGGCACACGCGUCGUUUGAUAUCGCCGGUUGACAAUCUUGAUGAUAUUGGUUUUCAGAUCGGAGACCCGAUUUUACUGGAUCUAGUGGGUAAUCAGCUUAUAUUCACGAGUCUUGCUGCUAGGGCUGUGUCUCGAGAUGACGAUCGGAUUUAUGAUCGGUAUCAGGACAAUGCUACACGGAUGUAUGCAGCUGGGACUCAACUUUUGCGUAGAGAUACUGAUUCUUCCAACAUACCUCCUAUUCCUCCUAUACCUUCUCAGACACAAGGUAGACGUACCAGAAGACGCUCUGGCACUGCCGAAUUGGAGGAUGACGUGAGACAGACGAGAGAGGGGAACUAUUAUGCAUCUACGUCUCGGGUACCUCCUGCUGAAGAUGUUGUCGGUCCAUUGGCUUCACAUACCCCUUUUUAUGGACAUGUUCCUAUGCAUGGAGGUAUGGAUGAUUUAUCUGGUACACAUGGAUUUAUGGAUAUGUUCGGUGCGUCUACAUCUCAGGUACCUACAUAUAGAGAUCUAUUUGGUCCAUCUACGACUGAUUAUGUUCCAGAUAUGCCAUGGUCCAAUUCUCUAGCUACCCCAUAUCCUCCUGCUAUUGAUACUCAGUUCACUUCAUGGAGUCCACAUUUGGAGCUUAACUUGGGAUACUCAAAUCCCCAAGAGCGGGCUCGACCACAGUAUAAUGUUUCUCCUGUUCCAUAUCCAGCGGACGACACCGAGUUUGUUGAUGACGUACCAGUAGAGCGUGACGUUCGUCGAGAUGGUAGGCAGCGGAGGACUAGACGACCACCUGCAUGUGGGACUGGUGGACAUAGGCAGUGACUUUUUAUGACCUUUUAUUUUGUAGAACUUUUUUUUAUUGUGUUGUUAAUAUUUAUUUUGUAUGACUAUUUUAUUUGGUAAAACUUCUUUUAUUUAUUGUUUAUGUAUUCUUGUAUUGCGUGAAUUAGAUAAUUGAGAAUUUUAAAUGCUCAUAAAUACAUUUUUUACAUUUUUU